UUUUUUUUUUUUCUUUGAUUUAAUAUGUCUUCUAAUAUCGAAACAAAAAGCUCAUUCAUUUGGGUUAAAGAAGCAAUAUCUAAAAAACAUAUUAAAAGUUAUGAUUAUAAGUAUUUUAGCAAUAUACAAGAGAUUGGAACGGCUUGCCCUUCAUCGUGAUGUUGACUUUCAUGAUAAUGUGAUCAAAUUUUAUGGAGUUACAAAUUUAGAUAAAGACUCUACUAGUGACAAAAUGAUGCUGGUGAUGGAGUAUGCAGAUAGUGGAUCUCUUCGAAGCUAUUUGGGGACGAACUUCAAUAAUCUUACUUGGUAUGACAGGUAUAGCCUAGCAUACCAGUUAGCUUGCGCGGUAUCAUGCUUACAUGAUGAAGGAAUCGUACACCGUGAUUUGCAUUCCGGUAAUAUAUUAAUUCAUCAAAAUAAAGUCAAGUUAUCAGAUUUUGGAUUAUCCAAAAGAAUUGAGGCAUCAUCCAAAAAGAAAUCAAGUUUAUUUGGUAUAGUUCCCUAUAUUGACCCAAAAAAAUUUGAUAUGAACAUUGAAUAUUCAUUAAAUGAAAAGAGCGAUGUUUACAGUAUUGGCGUAUUACUAUGGGAAAUAUCGAGUGGACAAAUUCCUUUUAAAGAUGUUUUUUAUGAUGUUUGUUUAGCUACAAAAAUUUUCCAAGGCCAAAGGGAACAAACUAUCGAUGGUACCCCUGAUGAGUAUACUAGACUUUAUAAAGAAUGUUGGAAUGGUGAACCAGAUGAUCGUCCUAUUAUAGUCGAUGUUGUGAAGAGAUUAAAGUUGAUAAUUUCACGAUCAGAUACGACAAUUAAAAAUAAGAAUUUUCUAAUUCCAAACGACAAUAUAAAUAUCGAUUAUAUUAGUAUUAAGAAUUCAUCCCGCAAAAAUACAUCUCAGCUUAUCAAAGAUUUGGAAAAUAUAGAAGUGGAACAAAACGAAAAUACGCUCGCUAAGGUUGAUGAGAAAUUAAUUGAUGAAAUUGUUAACCUUAUAUUCAAGGAAAUUGAUGAAGAAAAAGAUCAAGAAACAAGAAAAAAACAUAUUCUUAAUAAUCUUAAUAAUGAGAUUACGUUACCAAAAAUUUAUGAUUGGUUGUCAAUUAAUCAAAAUGAACCAAAUUUCAUUUUUUUACUCGGGUAUUUUAACUAUUAUGGAAUAGUAACUGGUGAAAAUAAAAAAGAAGCUUUUAAUUUAUUUAAAAUUGCCUCUGAAAAAGACCAUAUAUUAGCAUAUUAUUAUGUAGGUUUAUGUUAUGAAUUUGGCAAUGGAACUGUAAGGAAUGAGAAGUCUGCUUUUGAAUAUUUUAAAAAAAUAGCUAAUAAAAAUCACGCAUUAGGACAAUUCAAAGUAGGGUAUUUUUAUUAUAAAGGGAUAAUCGCUAAAAAGAAUUUAAAAGAAGCUUUUAAUUGGUAUGAAAAGGCUGCGUAUAAUGGAAAUUUAAUAGCUAUGUGUAAUCUUGGUUUGAUGUAUAGGAAUGGAGAAGGUACUAAUAAAGAUCUUGAUAAAGCAAUUUAUUGGUAUAAUGAAUCUGCUGAAAAAGGAAAUCAAGACGCUCAAAAGUCUUUAGAGAAACUUAAGAAAAUUAAGGAAAGAAAAAGGACGUGGUCACGUGCGUGGUCAUUAGGGCCGUGGUCGCGGAAUACAACUUAAUGAUCGAAAAUUAUUGGGCGAGAUUACAAAAUUGCGGUUAGAGAAAUGCAUAAUUUCCCUUUUAAGAAAAUACCAAAAAAAAAUUAAAAAUACUUUUUAAUAAAUGCAUCGUGAUCGAUUUAAUGUAUUUUUUAGUAAAGCAAAUUUUAAAUAGUUGUAAUUUUUCAUUUCUAAUUUAUGUAAAUCACUUCAUUUUAUCGAUUCUAUAAAAUUUUUAAAUAUAUGCACAAU